AUGCUACUAAAGGACCUUCCUGCUGUGCACCUCAGCAAUGACUCAGGAUAAAAGCCUAUCUCCAUCAUAACCUUCGAUCUCACCAAGAUCACUAAAACCUCUUCUUCCUUUGAGUUUCAAACCUGGGAUCCAGAAGGAGUGAUUUUUUAUGGUGAUAUCAACCCAAAGGAUGACUUGUUUGUGCUGGGACUUCAGGAUGGCAGCCCUGAGAUCCAACUACACAAUCAUUGGGCCCAGCUUAUAGUGGACACUGGACCUGGCCUGGAUGAUGGGAGGUGGCACCAGAUAAAAGUAAAGAUCCCUGGAGACUCAGUGCUGCUGGUGGUGGAUAGGGAGGAAGCGCUGUGUCUGAGACAGAUCUUUGGGCCUCUGGCCGAAAAACUCUAGCCCAUCAUGAAGGUUGCACUGGGCGUGCUGCUGUUCCCCCUCUCCAACUUCCAGUAGCCGGCCCGAACCUCAGUGUCUGCCCCCACUAGCCUCAGAAGCGAUGCUGUAGAGUCCCAGCCUAGGAUAUUCUUCCCUUUUAGGACUUAUGCAGAAUUCUAUCUCCAAAACAUUCCCCAGCCUCAUGCAGAGCCCUGGGCCUUAUCUCUGGACCUAAGACUCCAGCUGGCAGCAGGCUCUGGCUACCUCCUUGCCCUUAGGACCCCAGAAAACCCUUGUUGACUUAGCCUCCACCUCCAAAAUCAAAAGAUGGUUCUCUCUUCUGGGUUAGGGCCAGGGCUGAAUCUGCCACUGGUCUUGGAAUUCCCUCUUCAGCUGAAGCUGGCUGUGUCCAGGGUGGCCUUGAGCCAGGUGCUGAAGAAGGAGUUCCUUGCUCUGUCUCCUGUGGGCCUUAACCUCUGGGCCCACCCACAAGGGCAUCUCUUCCUGGGGGCUUUGCCAAGAGAGGUCUCUUAUGCCUCAUUUUGCUUGGGACUUUGGGCACAAGACCAGAGGCUAGACACAGUGGUCUUGAGCAGAAGCCAGGACAUCUGGACUCACAGCUGUCCCCAGAGCCCAGGCAAUGGCACCCAUUAA